CCCCUGUGCCCUGCCCUACGCAGACCCCCUCCCUGGGAGCUCCGUCCACAGCAGGAGGAGUGGGGUGCUCGAGGAGUCUGAGACGGUCCGGUAUGUGACGGAGAGGGGACGAGGAGGUAACCUGGGAUGGCACCCGUGCAGGAGGACGACGACGACGUGGAGACGGCAGGAGGGCUGGCUGAGCGGGUCCCGAGCAGGCGGAAACUGGAGGGACCGCCCCGGCCUUGGACGGCCUCGCCCGGCCUCUCCGAUCCAGUCUCCGGCCCUCCGCCCCCGAAGGUGCCGUCCGGGACCCGCGUGGUCAGGCCCCAGCCCCUCGCGCGCGGAGACCAGCCCCGCGGAGACCAGCCCCGCAGAAGGGCCUCGGUCUGUCUUCCGCCCAUGCGCGCCGGGGACGCCCUGCGUGGGCGUGACCGCGCCGGAAGUAAUCCGCCGCUGCGGCGGCCGAGGCCCGGAAGUGACGUGCCGUCGGAGGGGGGAGCCAUGAAGCCUUCGAGGCUUUUCUCCGCAGGAUGGCAGGCCGUGAUGGAGGGCGUAGGGCACUGGACUCCUCCCGCGUGGGCCAUCCUCGGGCCCGGCCGGCUCGCUCCCAGGUGGCUCUGGGUCGGCUCUGUGGACUGCGCUGAGCGCCAGGAACCCCCCGGAAAGAAACUGCUCUCGGAGAAGAAGCUGAAAAGGCAUUUUGUGGACCGUCGCCGGCUGCUUGUACGAGGAGGACGUGGAGGCGACGGGCUGAGCUGCUUCCACAGCGAGCCCCGGAAGGAGUUUGGAGGCCCCGAUGGGGGUGACGGAGGCAGCGGCGGCCACGUCAUCCUGAGAGUUGACCAGCAAGUCAAGUCGCUGUCGUCGGUCCAGUCACAGUAUCAGGGCUUUGACGGAGAAGACGGUGGCAGGAAAAACUGCUUUGGGCGAAAUGGCGCUGUCCUCUACAUCCGGGUCCCCGUGGGCACUUUGGUGAAGGAGGGAAACAAAGUUCUGGCUGACCUGUCGCGCCCAGGUGACGAGUACAUCGCUGCCCUCGGCGGGGCAGGAGGAAAGGGUAACCGCUUUUUCCUGGCCAAUGAUAACCGCGCACCAGUGACCUGUACACCCGGACAGCCCGGUCAGGAGCGGGUCCUCUUCCUGGAGCUCAAGACCAUGGCCCACGCGGGGCUGGUCGGACUCCCCAAUGCGGGGAAGUCCUCGCUGCUCCGGGCCAUUUCAAACGCGAAGCCUGCCGUGGCUGCCUACCCCUUCACGACCCUGAAGCCCCAUGUUGGCAUCGUGCACUAUGAGGGCCACCAGCAGGUAGCAGUGGCCGACGUGCCGGGCCUGGUCCGCGGCGCCCACCGGAACCGGGGCCUGGGGCACGCCUUCCUCAGGCACAUCGAGCGCUGUGGCUUCCUCCUGUUUGUGCUGGACCUCUCAGUGCCGCAGCCCUGGACCCAGCUGGACGACCUGAAACACGAGCUGGACCAGUAUGAGAAGGGCCUGUCCAGCAGACCCCACGCCAUCAUCGCCAACAAGAUCGACCUCCCCCAGGCGCGAGCCAACCUGCCCGAGCUGCAGGCCCGCCUGGGCGCGAAGGCCAUUGCCUUGUCCGCGGCCACCGGUGAGAACCUGGAAGAGCUGCUGCUGUGCCUCAAGGAGCUCCACGACCGCCACGUGGCCGCCGAGCUGCAGCGCGGCCGCCAGCCGCUCAGGUGGUAGCGGGCGCCACCUUCCGGGUCAGGUCGGCCUGCCCUCUGACGCCCCCCAGCCUUGGCCAGGCCCCCUCCGGUGGGGACACUGGUGCUGCUGACAGUCUGCUCCCAGUGCUUCCUGUGCGGACUGGCGUGCUGAGAUGGGCGCGUCGCAUGCUUAGCUCCGUUUAGGGGGCCACGCGGCAACAGCACA